CGGCUACAUCUUCUACUCACAUCUUGCUCUAACUACUAUUAUUUUUGUUUUGAUCCAUUGCUCGAAAUGAUUUGAUAUUGAAGGAAAACUUUGCGAUUUGUAGCAAAACCAAAAAAACAAUGGAAACUUGCUGUCGAAUAUGUUUGGAGUCUCAUAAAACGCUUCUAUCGCUACAAACAGAGAUUGAGUUUGAGGGUAACAGUAUGAUUUGUUCAGAGAUGUACUACAAAUUUACUGGUUUGCAGGAUUCAUCAAUCACUAACAGCAAUGUUUCUAAGAAAAUUUGUAUUGCCUGUUUUACCGAGCUAAACAGCAGUUUCAAAUUUCAACAAAAAGCGAUUGAAUCGUUCAAAUCACUUUCACAGUUGAGCAUUACAAGAACAUUCGAUGACAACUCAUUUUCGAGUUUACGGAAAAAUGUUGGUGAUAAAUUAGAAAGCCAUGUUGGGGUCGAAAACGAGUUACCUGAAUCGACAGUUACGUGUGAUAAAGAUAAUUCCAACAUAAAGGCAGAUGAUGUCUAUGUUGAGGAAUAUCUGGACGAGGAGUGCACUUUCGACGAUGAAAAACUUGUUUCCACGGACAAUUGUAUCAGUAGCCCUCAAAUAAAUAAUGAAAAUCAGAUAGAUCAUGAUGGGGUAAAAAUGAAAGCAGAUACGAAACAUGGAGGAGAUGAUGAAACAGAGUCAGAUAAAAACGACCAAGGAUAUAAUUGUGAAUACUGCUCGAGAAAAUUGAAUUCACAAUCAGAGUUGGAAAGUCAUUUUGUGUCUGAGCAUUGUCAGCAAUUGAGCGAAGAUGAAUUCGUUUGUACUACGUGUGAUAAGCGAUUCAAAACCAGGAAAACUCUCAGACAGCAUUGUCGAAUUCAUUAUGAUUCGAGGCGAUUUCGUUGUAGUUUCUGUUCGAAAACAUUCAACUAUGGGCACCAUCUGAGGAUACACUCAACAACUCACACUAUGGACAAACCCUUUUCUUGUGAAUUUUGUGGUAAACAAUUUGCUUCUAAAGAUCGACUGAAAAAUCAUGAGUUGCAGCAUAAAGAUGAGCGCAAGUAUAACUGUGAAGCAUGCGACAGUCUGUUCAGGAGUAAGAAAGCAUUGAAAAUGCAUGCUAUCCUGAAACAUGAUGCUGUCGUAAAUAGGUUUGACUCCAUACAGUGUGACAAAUGCAGCAAGACUUUGUUCUCAAAAUCCGCGGCGACUGCCCAUUUCAAGAGGCCCUGUGGAAAGGAUAAGAUCGCAGAAGACAAAAACGACAAUCGACAAUGGAAACAAAAGCACAUCUGUGAUAUAUGCGGAAUGUUUUUCCGACAGAGUAUUAUGCUCAAAAGGCAUUCCAAGACGCAUAAAGGCCCGAAGACUUCGUCCUGUAUUGACACGGUCGCAUAUGGAGUAGCAGUGUUAGCAAGAAUCAAAAGCUAACACCUUCGAAAGAAAAGUUCGCAGUCAUCUCGCACAAAUCUCAUUCAAAGACCAGAUCUGGGAUCCGCCUGAAUUGGACGAUGUUGGUCUCGAUAUGCGUUACCAGUGAAAUUGAAGCACAUAGAUGGAUGUUCGGACUUCAAAAGUUCGUCAGAGUUGGGUAAAUGUGCCUGCGAAGCUGAGAUAGAUAAGUUUAGCCACAUGUUAUUAUUACCUAGUUGCUCUAUCUAUAUAAAUAAACAUUAUUUGGUGUCCGUUCCUCCCGAUGUAACUCAAGAACGAAGCAAAGGAUUUAACAGUCAGUAUCAGGAUUGAUGCGUCUUAGUUUGCGUCAGGUUCAUAUGCCAAAAAAGACAUGAUGACUGUUCCAUAGAAACCACAUUAGACGAUCAU